AUGGGUCUCACCGACGCUCAAGACGUCGCCCGCAUCGACUCCAAGGCCGCCGCCGCCAUCGCGUCCAAUGUCCAGGACUACGAUGCGCUCGUUCACGAUGCCCACGAGGCCACCCAGGCCCAGGAGAACAUGAGCAUCCGCAAGGCCCUCAAGACCUAUCCCAAUGCCAUCUUCUUCUCCCUCAUCCUCUCCCUCGCCGUCGUAAUGGAGGGUUACGACACCCUCCUGCUCGGUAACUUCUUCGCCAUGCCCGCUUUCGCUCGCAAGUACGGCCACUGCGACGCCGCCGGCGUUUGCGAGAUCCCCUCCAAGUGGCAGACCGGUCUCCUCAACGGUUCCCAGGUCGGUUCCAUCAUCGGUCUCCAGCUCACCGGUGUUGCCACCGAGCGCUUCGGCUACCGCAAGACCAUCCUCACCGCCCUCGUCUUCAUGACCGCUUUCAUCUUCAUCCCCUUCUUCGCUCCUAACCUUACCGUCCUCCUCGUCGGCCAGAUUCUCCAAGGUCUGCCUUGGGGUUGCUUCCAGACCCUCACCACCGCCUACGCCGCCGAAGUCACCCCCGUCGCCCUUCGUCCUUUCCUCACCACCUGGGUCAACGGAUGCUGGGUCGUUGGUCAGCUCAUCGCCUCGGGUCUCCUCCGCGCCACCGUCAACCGCACUGACCACUGGGCUUACAAGAUCCCUUACGCCAUCCAGUGGCUGUGGCCCGUCCCCAUCUUCAUUGGAUGCUGGUUCGCUCCCGAGUCCCCCUGGUGGCUCGUCCGCCAGAACCGCCUCGAGGACGCCAAGCACUCGCUCCGCCGCCUUGCCGCCAAUGACCGCGAGUUCUCCGACCACGAGGCUGACCAGACCGUCCAGAUGAUGAUCCACACCAACGAGCUCGAGAAGGCCGCCGCCGAGGGUGGAAGCUACUGGGACUGCUUCAAGCGCACCGACCGUCGCCGUACCGAGAUUGCCGCCGUCGUCUGGCUCAUCCAGGUCUUCUGCGGUGGUCCUCUCAUGGGUCUCUCCUCCUACUUCUACGUCAAGGCCGGUCUCCCCACCGAUCAGGCUUUCAACCUCUCCAUUGGUCAGUUCGCUAUGGGUCUCUGCGGUACUCUCAGCUCUUGGUUGCUCCUUCGCAAGAUCGGCCGUCGUGCGCUCUACCUCUACGGUCAGAUCGCUCUCUUUGCCCUCAUGAUCAUCGCCGGCAGUCUCGCCUUCAAGGCCGACGACAAGGCUGUCUCGUGGGCUAUCGGUUCCACUCUUCUCAUCUUCACCUUCAUCUACGAUUUGACCGUGGGUCCUGUUUGCUACUGUCUCGUUGCCGAGAUCUCGUCGACGCGUCUCCGCGCCAAGACCAUCGUCCUCGCCCGUAACGCCUACAACGUCGGCGGCAUCAUCGCCAACGUCCUCUCCCCUCGCAUGCUCAACUCCACCGAGUGGAACUGGGGAGCCAAGGCUGGAUACUUCUGGGCUGGUACCGGCGCUCUCUGCAUCAUCUGGACCUACUUCCGCCUGCCCGAGACCAAGGACCGAUCGUACGGUGCCCUCGACGUUCUCUUCGAGCAGAAGGUUUCGGCCCGCAAGUUCGCUACUACCGAGGUCGACAUGUUCGCUUCGCACUCGCAGGUCGCUGCCGCUCGCAGCUCCGACCUGGCCGACGACAAGAGCUCCGCCGAGAAGGUCGAGGGCGUCGUCGCCAACACCAGCCUUGCCUACAAGUACGAGGCGUAA